AUGCUCGAGCAGACGUCGCGGCGGCGCCUCGACACGGCGCACAACAUCGAGAAGGAGAUCGGCAAGCUCGGCGAGGUCUUCUCGCGCUUCUCGUCCCUCGUCGCCCAGCAGGCCGAGGUCGUCGAGCGCCUCGACGACGACGUCGAGGGCGCGCUCGGCGAGGUCGAGAUGGGCCACGCGGAGCUCCUCAAGGCGCAGGAGGUCCUCCGGGGCAACCGGGCGCUCUUCCUGAAGGUCUUCGCCGUGCUCAUCGCCCUCAUCGUCCUCUUCGUCCUGUUCUAA